AUGGCACUCACUGCACGUGGCCUAUUUUUCGUUUGUGCCUUGGUCACAACAUCGUCUACUUCGUUUUUCCUCUUUGCAUGUUGGCCUGUGUUAAUCGUUGCCGCUUUGCGGUUAUGUACGGGAUCAGCGCCGAAACGAGUGAUAUCGCUUGCAAACACGUACUACGACUUCGUUCAGCAGCUUUGGAUAUAUAUGAUGGUACUUCUGCUAGAGGGAGUCCUGCGUGUACGUAUUGCGUACCACCUUGUGUCCAAGGGGGAAAUGGCACGUGAGCAGAAGCUUGCUGAUUUCUUUGCCCGACCCCCCCCGGGUAGGGUAAAGUUGAUCAUACUCAAUCACCGUUGUCACCUUGACUGGUUAGUGAUGUUCCCCUUUCUUGCGCGAGCCGGAAUCGCGAAGUCGCUUCGUAUCGUACUUAAGGUUGGGCUGAGCCGCGUCCCCAUAUUCGGGUGGUCGAUGCAGCUGUUUCGUUACCUAUUUUUAACUCGCAAGUGGGCGUCCGAUCGGAGCCAUGUGGUACGCAUGAUGGAUUACUACAAGAACAGUGACGGGACAGUUGUGUUUUUGUUUCCUGAGGGAACGGAUUUGACCGAAAGUAGUGUGAAGAAGUCCAAUGCCUAUGCUCUUCGUAACAACCUGCCACAAUUUUACCAGGUGCUGAAUCCUCGCUCGACGGGCAUGAUAGAAAUGAAGAAUAUGAUAGGAGCGGAGAACAUUGAUGAAAUUGUCGACGUGACAAUGGGGUAUACGGACUUUGUGCGUGGGGAGCGCCCCAAUGAGGCAUCGCUGCUUAACGGUCGGACACCUUCAAAAAUACAUAUAGUAUGCACCCGGCACUGUUUUUCCAAUGACCAACAAGAUGGCUGGGAGGUGGGUGACCGCGUAAAGGGGUUAAGAGGCAAAGGAUUAUUCUCAGUUCCAGCGGAUGAUGAAGCGCUGAAGAACUGGUUAACAGACCGGUUCGCCAAAAAAGAGCUUUUGCUCUCCCGAUUUUAUACACGAAAUCCCGUAGGAUUCGAUGAGGAGCAUAUUCGAAGCGUGUUUGGUCAGGACUGUGAUAUUGUUUCCUAUGAUGAAGAUGAGGAAGCGGCGCGGUACCCUGAGAUCACAAAAUUUUCUCGCAUUGCGAGGGAUUUGGGAAUGUGGUACGGUGUUGUAUUUGUCAUUUUGUACUGGACAGUACCGGUGGUACUAGUUCUACUUUUUGCUGGGUACUGGGUGUUGUUUUGGUUCGUCUUGUGCAGUAUAUUGUGCGUUUCGGCUGUACGUAAAGUAGGUAACUUGAGCUACUAUUUAAUACCCUAA